AUGGCGGAAUCNAAAAGUCAUACUGAAGACAAAGAAUGGGGAAGUUGUUUCACGGUGGAGGCUGCAUGUCCAGGUAUAUCUACAACCAAAAAUUUAGAAAAUGGUUGGAUUGUAGAUUCUGGNUGUAGCCAUCAUAUUACCGGAGACGAGAAGUUAUUUUCAAGUCUUCAGCAAAAUGAUGGGAAAGAAGCCAUUAUUACCGCAGAUAAUUCAUUCCACCAAGUUGAGAAGGAAGGGAGUGUUGUCAUCAAAGGAGAUGAUGGAAGUCCAAUCACACUGAAGAACGUAUACCAUGUUCCUGGAGUAAAGAAAAAUCUUCUUUCUGUGGUGAAUAUGGUUGACUCAGGUAACUACAUUUUGUUUGGCCAAGAGAUGUUAAGUUCUUAA